GCGCAGCGGCGGCGGCGGGCGCGGGCCGGGAGCGGGCCGGCCAUGGUGGGGCUCAAGGAGGAGCUGCUCAAGUCCAUCUGGCACGCCUUCACCGCCCUCGACCUGGACCGCAGCGGGAAGGUCUCCAAGUCCCAGCUGAAGGUACUUUCUCACAACUUGUGCACAGUGUUAAACGUUCCCCAUGAUCCAGUGGCCUUGGAAGAGCACUUCAGGGACGAUGAUGAAGGACCAGUUUCCAAUCAGGGUUACAUGCCUUACCUAAACAAAUUCAUCCUGGAAAAGGUUCAAGGGAACUUUGACAAAGUUGAAUUCAACAGGAUGUGCUGGACUCUCUGUGCUAAAAAGAACCUCUCUAAAAGUCCUUUGCUGAUUAGUGAUGAAGAUGCAUUUAAAGUGUGGGUUAUUUUUAACUUCUUGUCAGAGGACAAAUACCCUUUAAUCAUUGUACCUGAGGAGAUUGAGUAUUUACUGAAGAAGAUCACGGAAGCCAUGGGAGCAGGCUGGCAGCAGGAGCAGUUUGACCAUUACAAGGUCGCUCUCAACACCAGUCAAGAGGGACUCUCGGCGUGGGAGCUGAUCGAGCUCAUCGGGAGUGGGCAGUUCAGUAAAGGAAUGGACAGACAGACAGUGUCCAUGGCAAUCAAUGAGGUCUUCAAUGAGCUCAUUCUAGAUGUACUCAAGCAGGGCUACAUGCUGAAAAAAGGUCACAAACGGAAAAAUUGGAUGGAACGAUGGUUUGUGCUAAAACCCAAUAUUAUUUCCUACUAUGUAAGUGAAGAUUUAAAGGAAAAGAAGGGAGAUAUCAUACUGGAUGGCAACUGUUGUGUAGAGGCCUUGCCUGACAAAGAUGGAAAGAAAUGCCUUUUUCUCAUCAAAUGUCUUGAUAAAACCUUUGAGAUCAGUGCCUCUGAUAAAAAGAAGAAGCAGGAAUGGAUUCAAGCCAUCCAGAGCACGGUGAGCCUGCUGCGGGCGGGCAGCGCUCCCCCGCACAAGGAGGCGCGGCAGAAGCGCAAGGAGCUGCGCCAGAAGCUGCAGGCGGAGCAGGAGGAGCUGGAGCGGCAGAUGAGGGAGCUGCAGGCGGCCAACGAGAACAAGCAGAAGGAGCUGGAGACCGUGCGCAAGCAACUGGAAGCAGCAGCUGCUCGUGCUGCUGAGGAGGAGAAGAAAAGGCUUCAGACUCAAGUUGAGUUACAAGAUCGCUUCAGUCUGGAGCUGGAGAGAGAAAAAAUGGUAAGACAAAAAAUGGAAGAGCAGGUUGCUCAGAAAUCAUCUGAACUGGAACAGUAUUUACAAAGAGUACGUGAACUGGAAGAAAUGUACAAGCAGCUCCAGGAGGCACUGGAGGAUGAGAAACAGGCACGUCAGGAUGAGGAGACUGUGAGGAAACUUCAGGCCAGAUUGCUGGAAGAGGAGACAGCAAAGAGAGCUGAACUGGAAAAAUGGCAUUUGCAGCAGCAACAGACCAUUCAGAUGACAGAAGCAGAGAAGCAAGAGCUGGAAAACCAGAGAAUGAUGAAGGAACAGGCUCUUCAAGUGGCCAUGGAGCAACUGAAACAACUUGAGUUGGAAAGGAAGGAGGCCCUUGAGCAGUAUGAGGAGGUUAAGAAGAAGUUGGAAACAGCAGCUAACAACACCAAGAGUUGGAAAGAUAAAGUAGCUCAUCAUGAGGGAUUGAUUCGACUAAUAGAGCCAGGCUCCAAGAAUCCUCACUUAAUCACAAACUGGGGCCCGGCCGCCUUCACUGAAGCUGAACUGGAGGAGAGACAAAGGAGCUGGAAAGGGAAGAAAGCCACUUCCACUUCAGAGUGACAGUGGCAGCUGACACGUGGCCCGGAACAGGAGCCCACCUCCCUCGUUCUGCUUUGCACAGAGCAGCCUCUUGCUUACAAAGUUUAGUUUGCUCAGCAGGUUGGGCCUCUCUGCUCAUGAAAUGCUGUUUGCCAUGCUGGAGGGUCUGCUCAGAGCUCAGCCAUUCCAGUGGGUGGAGUCUGACAGGAGUGCUGUUUUCCCUCGCUUUUCCAAGACUUUGCAACUGAAAGUUUGUAUUGAAAUGUAGCUUGUGACAGACAGAGUUGUUCCUAUAGUAGCCUGUAACAAUCUGACAGCAGCUAACCAGUCAGGCAGCAUCACUUUCAUUCCAGAAGGUCAGGGAAGCAGUUGUUCUGCUGGUUCAGUUUAGUGUCAUUUCAACCAGGAGAAAUCAGUCCUGGAGGCUGUGUCCAACUCUGAGAUGGAGCAUUACCUUUCUUUCCUCCUUUUACUUUUGCUGUCCCUCUGUUGCUCUCUGCACA